AUGAGUGCACUCAUAUGUCUUCCUGCUGAAAUCGUGGGAUUGAUUGUGUCUUUCCUGCCAAACCGCGAUAUCAAGAAUCUGCGUCUAACAUGCCCGACGCUAAGCCAGAGGGCGCAACUGCGCCUCAGCAGAGUAUUUCUGUCUGCGAAUCCACGCAAUAUUGAAGUGUUUCGCGCCAUCGCAGAGCACGAGGAAUUUCGGCACAGUAUCAUUGAGAUCAUCUGGGACGAUGCUCGCCUUAUUGAACACGCCCCGGAACGCAGACUUGAUCUGUUAGACGGUGAAGAUUGGGCCCAGUGGGGAGAUCUUCCAAAUACCUAUGAGGGCAUUCCUUGGUGGUUCGAGGAGUCAUAUGAAUCAAAUGUUCUCGAUCGAGGGUCAUCGAAAAGGAUGCAAGAAACAGAUCCAUCAAUUCAUGUUUCAUGGAAACAUUACCAACAUCUACUACAGCAGCAGAGAACCGUGCUAGAGUCUGAUGACGAUGUUAAGGCUUUCAGGUCUGAUUAUUAUACGCCUCCAGAAGAAUUGUCUAAACUUCGGAAACCGGUCCGCGAGUACUAUGAACGGAUGAACUAUCUUGUUUCCCGAUGUAGUUUUGUUGAUCGUCUUCUGGACUCCUCAAUUGCGCGUGAUCUGCUAGAAGACUACGAUCGAUUCUGGGCUACCAAUCGACGCAGUCACUUGCACCCGAUUACAGAGGAGCCAUUGUCCACAUCUCCUGGCCAUGAGAGGGCGCAACCUAUUAUAUCGACAUCUGAGUCGCAGGAAACUGACCGAGCUCAUCGUCAGUUGAAUGAAAGAACUCCACUGUUACUUUCAUCGGACGAUGCGGACGAGAUGAUGGAAAAUACACAAUCAUCAAAAGAGCAAGACUCCCGUCGCAUCGUCAUGACGGCUGUAUAUAUUAACCUAGUCGCUAACCUGAUCUUGCUGAUUUCCAAAAUUAUCGUCACUCUAAUGACUAGCUCCGUCUCCGUCCUCGCUAGCUUGGUAGACGCAGCGCUCGACUUCUUGAGUACUGCUAUCGUGUGGAGCACUACCCGCUUGACAGUACGACGGGACCGAUUCCGCUACCCUGUCGGCCGCCAGCGUCUCGAACCUCUAGGCGUACUCAUCUUUGCCGUCGUGAUGAUUACUUCAUUCGUCCAAGUUGGGAUCCUCUCUUUGCAGCGGUUAGCCGGCGAAGACCAUAAUCUGAUAAAAUUGACAGUCCCCGCGCUCAUCAUCAUGGCUUCGACGGUUGCCAUCAAGGGUCUAUGCUGGCUUUGGUGUCGCAGAAUCAAUAAUUCGAAUGUUCAAGCUUUGGCCCAGGAUGCCAUGACGGAUGUUGUUUUUAACAUCUUCAGUAUCAUUUUUCCUCUCAUCGGCACAUUCACCAAUACAUGGUGGCUUGACCCCUUGGGCGGUCUUCUUCUUUCUUUCUACGUAAUCGCCAAUUGGGCCAGCACCGCAAACGAGCACAUCGCCCACCUAACAGGCGCUGCUGCCUCGCCCUCCGACCGCAGCGUCUUGUUGUACAUCGUCAUGCGCUUCGCGAAUUGCAUUCGCUGGAUUCAGAACUUAGAGGCAUACUACUCCGGUGAUCGACUCAAUGAGGCUUCCUAUUCCGCGUACUACGACGCAAACCGCUUACAUCGUAAGGCUGCGUCCACCUGCUUUGCCUCCUCGACUGCCUUCGCGCUGGUUGAGUACUAUUCUGUGCGGGUACCUGCCCCGGAUUUUGAUUUGUUGUCUGAUUUUGAGCCGGUGGUCGGGCUAGGGGUUGGUUUUGAGUUGAAGGUUGAGCCUGGGCCUGAUCCUGGCUCUGUCGCUGACGACGACCUCGUUGGCGCUCUUGCUGGCGCUGGGUUUCUCUCUGGCGCAUUGUUUGUGCUCGCUUUGGCCGAUGAGCUGUGGCAGCUUGCUCCUGGGACUCUCUUGAACGUGAAGUCUGUUUCCUCACGGGUGUGCUUUUUCGGAUUGGGCUGCGUGCUGUCGUCUGCGUUCUGCCUCUUCCUCUGCGAGGUCGAGCUUGUGCCGGGACUGAGACUGGGGCUGGGGCUGGGGCCGAGGCGGGAGAGUGAGAGGGAGUGGGAGCCUGAGAUGACUCUGGAGCUGGAGCUGGAGCUGUUGAUGUUUGUGGUGGUGCGUGUACUUCUGCAGGUUGAGGUCGGGGAUGAGGUACUGAACGAGCCCGUGGCAACACUGACGACAGAUGAACUGGCGUUGAAGCCGGAGCUGGGGGGUAAACUGGAGCUGCAGUAUGAGGUCGAGCAGCACUUAAGCUUGGAAACAACAAUGGUCGCGGUGGUGCUGGAAGCGAUAGUCUCGGUCUUUGUGCUGGUGGGUCUGUUCGAGUUGGAGUUGAAGACUCUGAAGAAUUAUCAUGUAUCACCGGUCGUGUAUUAG